AUGGCGGCUGAGGAGGAUGAAGGGCCGCGCCGAAUCGAACCCACCAAAUUUGAUCUAAUUGUGGUGGGCAUCGGACUCCCCGAGUCCAUCAUCGCCGCCACCGCAGCAUCAGCCGGAAAGACCGUGCUUCAAAUCAACCCUGACGCUUACUACCAUAGCCCCUUCGCUUCCCUUUCACCCAAAGACCUCAUCUCUUUCCUCCACCUCCAUUCUGCUACUACUUCUGAUCAUGAUUAUACUGAUUUUCGUACGUUCGAUUCACCAGUCGACUACUCAUUCAACAUUCUGCCCCUCAGCACUCGCCCUCUCUACUCUUCCGUGGAGGUUCACGUGUACUCCCCUGAAAAAGUUUUGGAUGACUCACUGCAAAAAGAAUUUAACCUUGAUUUAGCUGGGCCUAGAGUUCUGUUCUGCGCGGAUCCCAUGGUGGUUUUGAUUGUGGAUGUGGAUGUUCAGAACUGCAUGAGUUUCAUGAGCGUGGACACCAGCUAUUGUAUUUAUGAUGAAUGCCAAGAAGGCAAAGGUGGCGGGUUUUUGUGGAAUAGUGUGCCGGAUUCACGUAACGCCAUAUUCAGAGAUGGAACCUUGAGCUUGAAGAAGAAGAAUCAGUUGAUGAGGUUCUUCAAGCUGCUUCAGGCCCAUUAUCAUUCCAAUUCUAAAUCUAGUACUAAGACUAGUAACGAGGAGGAGGACGAAAAUAAUAGUAUCAAAAUCACCCCAGAGCAUUUAGAGACUCCAUUUGUGGAGUUUUUGACUCGGAAAAUUCGCUUGUCUCCCAAACUAACAUCGUAA